UUGAAGGAAGCCCUAAUGUGUCUUUUUCUUCCGUCCCGCCACUUCUUAAUUUUCUUGGACACUUCUCACGCUCUUUCCAUUCAUGGCGAUAAUCUCCGAUUACCAAGAAGAGGAGCAGAUUAACGCUAGUUACUCUGAACCCUCUGCCUCGUCUAAAUCGGAAACUCAUUUGUUCAGCGCCAAUUUUGACACCUCCAACCCUCAAGAUUUUCUGCGCAAAGUAUUCGAUUUCGUUGCCCAAACAAGCGACUUCUUCCAAAAGGAUACCGCCGUGGAAGAGGUUGUGUCUGUGGCGCGAGCCGCUAAAGUGAAGGCAGUAGUGGAAACGGCUGAGAAGAAAAAGAAGGAAGUGGAAUCUGCGCAGGUGGCGGCGGCAGCGGCGGAGAAGAAAAAGAAGGAAGUAGAAGCAUCCAAAGAGGAGGCGGCGGCGGCGGCAGCGGAGAAAAAGAAGAACCAAGAGAGCGCUUCAAUAGUACCAAACAAAGGUAAUGGUCUGGAUCUAGAAAGUUACUCCUGGACUCAAACUCUGCAGGAGGUCAAUGUGAGUGUUCCUGUGCCUAAUGGAACGAAAUCUAGGUUUGUCAUAUGCGAUAUAAAGAAGAAUCAUCUAAAAGUUGGACUUAAAGGCCAACCACCAAUAAUUGAUGGUGAACUAUAUGAAUCCAUAAAGCCAGAUGACUGUUAUUGGAGCAUAGAGGAUCAGAAUACAAUUUCUAUUCUUUUGACCAAGCAUAAUCAAAUGGAGUGGUGGAAAUGUGUUGUAAAGGGUGAUCCUGAAAUUGAUACCCAAAAAGUGGAGCCCGAGAACAGCAAACUUGCUGACCUCGAUCCUGAAACUCGACAGACUGUAGAAAAAAUGAUGUUUGAUCAGAGACAGAAGUCUAUGGGCCUCCCUACUAGUGAUGAGCUCCAGAAACAGGAAAUCUUAAAGAAAUUUAUGAGCGAGCAUCCAGAGAUGGACUUCUCAAGGGCAAAAGUAUCAUAAAAUGGUGCUACAAUACCGCUGUGCUUCUAUGGUUUUUGGAAUGAUCUCGGAUACAGGGUUGUACUUUUGUUGUUGUAACAGUGGUACUAGUGUUUGGUGAUUUCUAUGGUUUUGAACAUCAUGAGUUUUAUGAUAAAAUGUUAUCUUUUAUUUGGCCUUCUGAA